UUCAAUAUAAAAGCGCUCACUCAUUUCAUCAUAGGCGUUCCGCUCAAGCAGGAAUCUCCUGGCGUCAAAAAAAUACCGUGUGGAGUAUUUGAAGUCACUUGGAAGCGACCAUCCUUAGACUCUGGUGGCGGUCCUCCCACUGACUAUCAGGCUCAGUUACGGAAAAAGGACAGUGGUAGCUGGCGCAACUGCACGGCCUUCCUUUCACGUCAUAGCUGUUUAUUCACAGACCUGUGUAGUGAAACCGCUUAUGAAAUUCGAGUCCGUGCUUUUAAUAAGAAGGGCCCGGGCCAAUGGGUAUACACUAUAAAAAGAACGGAUUUGAUUGGCAAGUCUUUCAUGUUAAUACUGUUGUAUUACACAUGUAACCUUUGAAAGUGUUCAUUUAACCUGAGAUCAGGCUCUAUUUUCGUUUCGCUUUGUAAAUAACAUUCCGAUGGGCGUGGCGAAACGAAAAGAGAGCCUGAUACAAACCUUCUACGAAACGUCUGCCGCCCACUUUUUUGAUUGAUUGACAUUUGCAGAAUCAGCCAACCAAAAUUACUUCCGUUGCUUGUUUUUGUAGUAUGCAAAUUUUUUACGCGUGGAAAAUAUGCAGACUGGCUGACUUAAAAAAUAGCUUUUAUCUGUUAAGUUUUUCCAGCUAAAAAUAAAACAGUCAGCACAAUCACCUUUAACUUCUUGCGAGAUUAAGCAACACUUGAAGUAGUUCUCGAAGGUUAUUUCUGUUGGCGUAGAAGGUAAAAAGUUUUCGAAAAGACGGCGACACGAUGUUCUACUAGUUUUAUUAUUUUGGCUAGGCGCGCUCGAAUUUAAAAUACUGAAAUUUCUAUUUUUCCGUUGCCUUAAUAUUUUCCUCGGCAAUUUCCCCCGAUUUUAAGAACAUAAAUCUUUAAAAACAAAAGUAAACAGCCAACGAGCGAGCGAGUUUUCCUGGUUUAUUUUUUAACAAAAAGCGAAGGCAAACAACCAGUCUGUUAACAUUGAAAAUUCCUUGAACAGCGAUGCGAUAUUUUUCGUCUAAUACUUCACAGUUGGCGAUUGAGGUUGCGUUCGCAGUGAGCCUCCGCUUGCGUACCCUGUUCAGAGAAGUCAUUCCCGGCUAAACUUUCAAAUGAAACCAGUUUUAAGAUGGACAAGAUUUUGAUUUGCACCCGUUUGUCGGUAAAUCAAAAGGCACCUUGUUAGCGGUCAACAAGUUGCAGAGGGAUUCAACUCCGCGAUACACUCACUUUCCGUAAAUAAAGCAAAUCCUGAGAAGGUAUGAACAACCAUAUGAAUUUUCUGAAUUUCCAUGGCACAUAUUAAGGCAUAUUUUCCUACCAUAAGACCAUAAAACAAUGAAAAAGGCAGCAAAAUCGAUCCUUCUCUCCGCCGACGACGGACCAUUCACGAAAACAACCACGCGAGGAAUAAGCGCUUUCAACUUCAGGCGUUUCCGACAGCCAAAUCAGAUCUUGUGGCAUUGUUCUAACAGCCAAUCAGCGUUACGGCCAAAAUCUGGCCGUAACGAGCACAAACGUGAAUGAGUUUGGAUCAGGCCCAAUUUUAGCGGUAGCCGUUAGAGAGAGAAUGUAUGAGAACCGCUCAAAUUGGGCCUGAUCUCAGGUUAGUGUUCAUUUAUACGUUUACUCCUUUGCUUUAACUUUUAUACCAGUUAAUUGAUUUGUCUUCAUGCGAUCAUUGACAAACAUCUUUAUAUUUUGUGGAGAUUAUUAAUUUAUUAGUUCAUUAUAGGAAAACCUGAUGCUUCGAAAAUAAUAAACAAUGAAACAGAAAUUCCUGGAAUAACACCUAAUAUAACAGUGCAGUGGACACGCCCAAAAGAAAGAAACUGCAGCAUCACCAUGUAUUCAUUGCGCUACAGAGCAGUUCAACCAACCACCGAGAAAAUAACGGAAAUAAAUAUCACCAACGCCAGUUUAACAAGUUUCGAGCUUGAAUUUCAACAUAGCAAGAAGUAUGAAGUAAUUAUCUUUGCUUGGAAUAACCUGGGACGCAGUAAGGCAAGCACAGCAUGGGAAGUGAGAACAGCACAAUGUAAACAUAGUUUCUUUGGUUAAAUAAUUCAUAUAUAGAGCGAUAUUGUGUUGCUUCUUGGACUUGUGUGUUUGAGAGUGUGCGGCCGUCAUGUUUUCAAAAACCGACCAGAUGCCACCAAAUUCUUAUCCCACAUGGAAUUUUAGCUUAUUAGAGUAUUUUGGGAAGAAAACUUUUCCUUUGAUAAAUAGUUUGCGAUGUUCCUUACACCACCUGAAUUUCAAUUCAAAUUCGUAUCGGCCAAUUGCAAUGACACUAAAAAAAACCUUACUCUAUGUGAUAAAACGCAUAGCAUGGGUCCUAGUAAGCAAGUAAGGCAUGAAUGUCUAAUAAGCAAAACUUUCUUGCUAAGAGUGAAUCUUCAUAAUAACAGGAAAAAAGCUUUUUUAAGGUUGGGGCAAUUAAAGCACCAUAACCUUAUUGAGACUUUUUAGAAGCCAAAGGCUAAGGUUAGUUAAACUGUUAGCAGGAAACCUCAAUGGAAUUGGUUAAAGAUUUUAAUGCUUUCGUAAUUUCUCUCACCGUAUAAAUCUUAAAAUUAAUUAUACCAUACAAUUUUCUUAGCUUAGAGCGCAGUUGUAUUUUGCUGAUCUAAACGAUCUCUGCUCUUUUUCUGCAAGGUUUUAUUUUAUUUUUGUUUAUUUAUACUAAAACUGCUUUCACUUUUGAUAGAUGUUCCAUAUCCCGUUAAGCAUUCGGAUUUAAAACGAGGCUGUAGCUCUAUAAACUUAACCUGGAGUCCACCAUCACAUGACGCCGAGGGAGGAAUGGUGACAGGGUACCUUGCAGAGAUAAAAGCGGCCAGUUCGGAAGAACAAUGGACAACAAAAAACGUUUCUCAGUCAACUCAGUCAUGUCUAUUUACCCAUCUUAAGCCAAAUAGCGAGUACCAUGUAAGAGUAAUGGCGAAGAACGAAAUGGGAUAUGGCUGGCCUUCUGAGGUGUCAAAAGUAUCCACGAUUCAAGCAGGUGAUUUGUGACGAAAAUUUGUCAAGUGUGACCCAAUUCGUCAAACCGAAUCCGGAUCCCAUGACUGUCUCUCCAAGUUUAAAUUAAUCUCGUGGGUUGUGAGGUUGUUUAGUCCAUCUCAAUUACAGACGAAACUCUCGUAAGCGACCACCUUUGUAAUUCGCAAAAUUCCUCGCACCCCUAGGGCUGGAUUCGUUUACUAAAAUAGAAUUGGAAUCUCUUAUCAAAGCAACCAUGUGAUAAGCCUAUUAGGGACGGUCACUUAAGAGAACGUUUAACAGAAAGGUAGGUUGGUAUAUGUUAUUACUUACCCAUACAUUCUUUUUUUCAAAUUUAAUGGGAUAUUAGAGCCGGUUUAUGUUAUGUAUUACCCAAAGUUUGAUCACAUGGUCUUAUUCAAGUGUUGAAUGAGUAGUCGCUUAUGAGAACUUAACAUCAAAGAAAAAGACCAGAGGCGGUCGCUUAAAGAGCUUUUCGUUAUACAGUCGCCUCCCGAUAACUCGAACCUUCAAGGGAAAUCGAAAAAAGUUCAAGUUAUCUGGAGUUCGAGUUAUCGGGAGCUGGAAGCAAAUAGCCGGAAGUAAGGGAACAAUUCGUUUUUACCGUACAGUGAACAUUUUAAUCACAUUUAGUUGUAGAAAUGGUAGGUGAAAAUUAAAGAUACUUCUAGAUUAUAAAUCAGAACGUAACAAAACAUAGCCUAACUAGACUAUGCGUUUACUGUUUUGAGAAGUAAAGCUGUUAUACGUUAGACUUGUGACAAACAACGUCAGCCAUCGCUUCUAAACUAUACGUCUACAACACGUCAAUGGGAAAUUCAAAAUUCAAUGUUUCGGACGCCAGUACACUGGUUUUUUUUUUCGACUUUUCAAGCGCUCAAAACAUGGUUCGAGUUAUCGAGUGUAAAAUUAUAGAAAUGAUCUGAGGGGAGACAAAAAUUAAUUCGAGUUAGCGGGAGGUUCGAGUUAUCGAGGGGUAAAAUUACAGUAAAAGUAUGAAAGAAAUCCAGGGGAAAUCGAGUUUGGUUCGAGUUAGCGAGGGUUCGAGUUAUCGGGAUUCAUCUGUAUAGCUUUUAGUCAUAGUGCAAACAGUUCUGGUCCUAACUACAGCUGGUAGCUUACUAGAUUUGAGGCUAGGAAGCUUCUACUUUCUCAAGGAUUUGUUUAAGAAUAGUAGCGAAGAGCCACUCUGGAUCUGCAGUUGCUUUGACACCGACAACAACAUACACAUUUACACUUUAUUUAUAAAUGUACUUUGUAAAUAUGCUCAGCCAUGCGGCUAGUUUUCAGAUAUCCUACGGGUAAAAUUAGGCCAAAAAUUAAAUUAAACAAAUUUAUAUUUGAAUUACUAACUGAUAAGAUUAAAUACCUUAACCAGAAAUUAUGAUUUAAUAACAAAAAUUAAUAACUACAAAAACAACAAGAUACCCACACGCUUUAUAGCCAAAUUCGUUGUAUUUUCGAAGGGGUUUUUCUGUUCCGUCAAUCAUUUGAGUGGGGGUGGAGUUAUUGCAAAUCGCGAUGCAACGCACUCGCCCAGCUUGGCCCUCAAAAACAAAACUGAGAAUGACUCUAGACUGCUCAAGAAUAGCGAAGGAAAUCGGGAUAAUGAGUCGACUUUUUGUAGAGGGCAGGGGCAGACAUUGCUUAAUUUAUUCUUGCGAAAGACAAGAAUAAGAAAGAUCAGAAAAAUCUUCGAAGAAAACUAGUCAGAAACAAACAACUGAAAGUGGAUCGAAAUACACUAAUCACAAGUAAACAUAUGUUUCCUAAGAGGUCCGCUACGGUGAUUGACGAAAACGGAAAACCCAAAAUUCCUUCGAAGUUUGCAAAGCGUGCAGCGUGAUACAAUGAAUUUGGCUAUAAGAUAUAGGUUGGAAUGUUUUAUUAGCUAUAGGAUAAUACAUGUUCUCGUCUUCUUAUUGUUAUGUCGUGUUUUAUAGGUGUCCCUAACACGCCCGUGUUCGACGUUAUAUCGAGCGAAAAUGAAAAUGAUUGUGCUGUCUUUGUACGAUGGCUCCUGGAACCAUCAUCAAGUGACUGUCCUGUAUUAUUUCAUACAAUAAGCUACAGACGACAAGGUGAAAAUGAGUGGACCAGAUUGAACAUUACAGAGAGAAAUACCGAUCGCGAGAAGAUCAAGACAGACUGUUCUACGGAAUAUGAGUUCCAGGUCUUGGCGUGGAAUGACGUAGGACCGAGCCCCAUUACCACUAAAACGUACACUACGAAAGGGAGUGCAAUAAAGAAUAAUGGAAGAGGUAUAUGUACAUACAAUGUGCAGGUGGUUGUUGUUAUACAUUGUAUAGGGCGUUUUGACAUGACUUCACUGCGGUCAUAUUGAAAUUCCAAAAGAACAAAACGGCAGCCAUGAAGGUGUUCCAACCAAUCUUGCGGGAAUUAAACUGACUUUUCUUGUGUAAACGCUUGCUUUUGCUCCAAUUAUUUGCAUAGAUUCUGGGCACAUGAGUGAAAACACUCCAUACAUAUAGAAGGUGUUUGAGUGUUUUAGUCUAUCGAAAGAAAAUACUUACAGAAUGAUUCUGCUUAUUUUUUACUCUAUUAGACGUGUAUUUAGGACGACACUUAUUGAUUGAUCAUCUAUCUAGUGCAACACUAUUGAAAGAUUGAAUUAACUAUACAAAAGAAUAAAUACAGUCCAAAGAAAGUUGUAACGCUAUUCUUUGUCAAGGACAUACUGCAACAGACCCAUUUACGGUUGCGAGGACAUGCUGUGUAAUCAGGACAAGAUGGUGAAAAAAUCAGAAGUUUGUAUAAGAAUACAAUUAGUCUUUUAUUUCUCUCUUAUUGAAUACAUUUGUCACUUUCCCUUUAAAAAUUGUAACUAAUGAGCUUAAAGAAACUACACACUAAAUCUGGAAUGCAUAGCAGUCUUGUUGCAUUUUAGAAAACCUGAGUUCUUCCAUGCAUUUUCUGUAAUCUGACAACACAAAAAAAACAGAAAAUGUACGGAAGACGUCAAAUUUUCUAAAAAGAGACAAAGGACUUCUGUACGCUCCACAUUUAGUUUACAAGUUAAAGUUUGUCAGUUAAAGCUUGCAAAGAGAAAGUGACGAAUAUAAUCAAUUAGGAAGAAUUAGUUGACUUUGAAUUCUCGUACAAACUUUUGAAUUCCCCGCCAUCUUGUUCUGAUUAUCCACCAUACCCUCACAACCGUAAAGAGGUCUAUAGUUUGUAUUUGGGUUUUAAUGUCCUGUGUAAUGAUCGCAACGUUUUCCUUCAAAAUUCUCCAUAAUUUGUUAUCUCGUUACACAUCGGGGCCAGGCCCGAGUGGUAUAGCAUGACAGCAUCUUCUGGAGUUCUCGCGGUCAAUACUAAGACACACCGCGAUGUUCCAAAAAUAAGCUGUUGAUUUUAAAAAAGUAAAAUAAAAAAAAAAAAAAAAAAAUUAAAGAUGAGAUGCCCUGGGGGAAACGAAACUACAACCAGACAAUUGAAACUCAAACAUCAAGAAUCAGAAUAGUCGAUCUCAUAGCAGUUAAUGUAGAUACUGAAAGCAAAAAAUUGUUAUAUUUAAAAUUACAGGUAUUUCUCUGGAAUUUAUUCUCAUCUAUAUCUUCGCCGGUUUACUUACAAUCCUGGGAGCUGUACUUGUGGCAGUGUGCAUCAAUCGAUACGGAAAGAAAGGAAACCAAUCCACUAAGAGGUAUGUAGGUACAAUAUGCUUUAAAAAUUCCUCUUUUCCUUUAUUUCAAAAGAUCCAAUAUAUACCCAAAAUACCGGUAUAUGUGCGUCCACCUGAGCCGUGUAGUCUCUUUUGACGUGUUAGGCCUUUAGAACAAAUCUUUUGUAUUCUACAUAAUUGCAGUAGAGCUCAUUAGGGUGAAGCUGCGCUUCGGAACGCCACGAGUAAGGAAAUCUGGUUAUCUAGCGAUACAUAAGUUUUGUUCGGCAAAAUUUUUCCAUUUGAUUAAAUGAGCGUUCUAGAACUUGAAAUACAGUCCUACCUCCAAUAACAGCCACCUCUCCACAACGGUCACCUCUCUAGUACGGCCACUUUUUUCGGAGGACAGUCCAUACAUUGACUCUUGUUUAAACCUCUCUACAACGGCCAUCUGUCUUCAAAGGCCACUUUCUACUGUCCCCAAGGUAGCCGUUGUGGAGAGGCUUAGAGGCUAUUGUUUUUAAACAUUAUAGGACUGCAAAGGACAUCCAAGUUUUGGACGGUUGUGAAAUUCCUCCAAUCAGAACAGAAUUUCUUGAAUUGGUGGGUGAAGGAGCAUUUGGUAAAGUUCACAAAGCGACACUAAAAGACGGUAUGGCAUACUUUGAAGACGACCGAGACUGGCCUAGGAGGCCUAGAAAGCAGAAAAUUAUUGCAGUCAAAGAACUUUUUGGUGAGUUUAACUUUGAAAAUUCAGAAUUUUCGGUUCUUGUUGCAAUGUGACGUUCAGCAUUUAUUUACCACCAGCGUCGUUUCCAGAAAUAAAGGCCGGUCACCUGUCCAAAAGGCACUUAAUAAUAAAUUAACGAUGCAUGAAAAAUAAUGUGGCAUUAAAGCUCACAUUGUGAAUUAAUGUGGAUGUGUAACAGUAAAAAUCAUUAAGUGGGCUACCGACCAAGAGAUCCAAGGACGAUAUAUCUUUGCCCCAACAAAGAUAUCUUUACAGAAUUUCACUUUUAAGGAAGACGAAGUUUAUGGUGAUAGCUAUUUUUUUUUUCUUUCUUGUACCCAACUAUCCUUUUUGUCGCCAGAAAACGCCAACGAAGAAGAGAGAAAGGAAUUUAUGGAUGAAAUCGUGCUCAUGAAGAAGGUUGGAAAACAUCAAAAUGUUCUGAGUUUCUUUGGAUGUUGGACCACAACUAAACCAAUCCUUCUCAUGAUAGAGUAUAUCGCUCAUGGAGAUUUGCUUCAUUGGCUUCGACAUAAAAGAAGCCAGGUAUUAAAAAUAAUUACCAACUGAUAAUGUAUGCCUCUGUUCAGUUAUAGGAUCACACCGAAAUGUGGUGAAUAACGAAAGGAAAAAAAAAGUUCGGCUCAUAGUUUGCUUUUGGUGCUCUUACCACAUUGUUUUGUCUUCAGAGAUGUGUAAUUGAAGACGCGCAGCAAUACAGAAUCUAGUGUUUGAUUUGGGCAAUAAUUAACGGAAGAAAAAUCUACACUUUACGAUCGGCAGUGCUUAUAACUUGCAACACUGUUGUCUAAGAAACAAUUGGCAAUUAUCUAAGAAAAUGCGCGAAUACUAUGCCAUACUGUAAGUGUAUUUACGUUAUUAUGGCUCUUAUUUCCUCGAAGCAAUAACUUUUCUUGGAUUUUAUUUUAUAUAGAUUACAUUAUAAUUCAUUUUCUUAUACUCCCUCAGUUUCUCUUGUUAUAAAUCCGAUUGUCACUGGCUGACGGGGAUCACGUGCAUGAGCAUACGUAUCGCAAUUAAAACGAAAUGUAUCUACCAAUUUAGUAAUAUUCGCAUGCAUGAUAGAAUAAAUAACAGUACGUGAUCAAUGAGCGAGAAAAGUACGUGAUUAAAACUUUGCAGAGUGGCUUGUCGUUUGAGUAGGAGCACCUCGCAGCUCACGCCAGGUUUACCAUCUUAAUCUCAUAUUAAUGAGCAUCGUCGUUCAUUCUCGUCAACCAAUGGUUGAAGCGCUUUCAUAGCGCGUCUAUGCAUGAUUACGCGUAAUAUAACCUUGCAGGUCUACCCACUUUGUGAAACGAGAACUAAAUGUCCCGAGAACUAAAAGCAUUCGGCGCGAUAAUCUUCUUGAGAGUGAAAUUUAACCUGAAGUUAAAAGGAAAAAGAAAGAAAGAAAUAUAAAUUGACAUGAAUAGUUCGGGCAAAAGGAAAGUGAAUUGGACUCCACAAAUAUUAAUAGACCUAUUACGUUGUAAGAAAGAAGCGCAGGUGGAGAGGAAAUGGAACAAACAGACACGAGGGCUGCCGAAUGUUAUGUUUCGGAAAUGGAAAGAGAUGGGCUAUGAACACCUGCAGAUGCAAGUUUUUGUAGAGAAUUUGUCGAUAGAGUUGCAAAAGCAGAAAGAGGCUCUAAAACUCUGAGAGAUCACAUGAAGGAACAACAUAUGCUGUCUAAAAUUGCAGAAAUAGAGAUUACUUCAUGGGCAGGGGGCGCGUGCGGGAUUUUCGCACGAGUUGGUGAUGUAUCAGAAAUCUCACUCGCUCGCUGCGCUCGCUCGUUCGAUUUCUGAUAGAAACAACGAGUGUGAAAAUUCCGUACAAGCCCGCAGCCCAUGAAGUAAUUUAUUUAUUUCAUACAUACUGAGUGAACAUUUCCUCUUUUUAUUUAGGAAAACUUCUCUUUAUUUAGAAAAACUGACCAGCGAAUUUAAGAAACAAGGGCCAGCUCAAACCAAAUGCCCUAAAAAAUACAUCAUUCGUUGGGCUCUACAAAUGUUGUGAGUUAAAAUAUUGACAAAAAAUUGAUCAAAAAUGAAAUAUAAUUUACUGACUCAAGGCUGUCUACGAUGAUUACAUCAUUAAAUGACCCCUAAAACACCGAAUAGUACUAUCAAUAAAAAAAGCUUUGACAAAAAAUUGUCACUGAAUGGUACAGCAGGCGGGCUGUCCUCAUCGGAUGAGUCGAGAACUCGCUUGAUGCGUUUCUAGCUCCGCAGUACAGUAGAAACAGUUACUAUAAACAGUAACAGUAAGUAUAAACUCACUCAGUUUGUGAUUGAAUCUCUUCUAUUUUUCUGCUUUUCUUGCUUGGAUUUCAGAAACUCGGAGAGCAAGCCAACAUUUCGUCUAGCUUUCGACAACGUUUGUUUGUUUUUCUGUUCCUCGAUAAAUUGGUUAACGGAUUUCUGCAAAGCAGGAAAGCGAAGGAUUUCUCCUUCAGCCAUUAUUUAGCUUCUUCUGAGAUAUUCUUGAGAUAUUAUCCAAGCCAAAAAUCUAAACGUUUUAACUGUUUGACAAAGCUGCCAGAAUAAAACCUUUAAUGAAAACACAAAGCUACCGAACACACGGUUGCUUUUGAUGGGUGCGCUGUGAUUGGUCGAAACGUUCUACUCACAUGUGAAAAAGCCGUUUCGCUUUUCUGAUUGGUUGAAUAAAGGCGCGAACCAUGUUUUCACUCAGGCUGACUCAAACAGAAUCACUCAGCAUGUAUGAAAUAAACAGCAAUCCUGUUCAAGAAAGUGAAUCUGGGAGAGAGAAUGCAAAUUAAUCCACUGCUAUUGAGGGCGAAAGGAACUUCACAAAUCAAGAAUGCCUAGAACAACAGGGCUAUCAACGACGGAAGAAUACAGUGGAUAAUCAGAAAUUCAUUUAAUCCUGUUCAACAACGCGAUGGAAUUCAAGUGUAAAAUGAGAUCUAUGAUGAUAGAUGGGACUUCAACUAACGCCAGUGGUCAAAAAAGCGAGGAAUGUUCCAGCAACUAAAGAACAAAAGAUCUUAAAUUAAGUACCAGACAGGCUAAUUUCUAAAAAGGUAGGCUGUACUGAAAUGGAACCUGAAGAAAAGCUAUGGAAAUUAAAUUGUAUCACCUAUUCAGUUGCCGUUGCUUGGCGAAAUGUGAACGAUGACUAUCAAGAACCCCUUGGGGACGAAAGCAAAGGCCAAGGAAUGUGAAAUGUGGAAAGGAAAAUUUUGCAGGGAGACAGCUUUUAUCAGAAGCUUCGGGAGAACACGAGGCUAUACAACAGCAAUCAAAGAUGACGAAAAGACGCGUGAAAAGGCGGAAACAAAUCAGCGCUAAAUGUAAGACUCUUUUUGCUGAAGACCUAACAGAAUUUAUUAAAAAACUCAAACAGUAAUUCCCAAACUCAUUCUGAAAUAUUCAUGAUGUUGUCGUCCGACCAGAACGCCUCAUUCUGGUCAGGUGGAUGAAUUGAGAAACCGAAUGAAAAACGAGUUGAAAAACACAGGUGUUUGGAAACGAUUUCAAACCAGUGUGGUGUAUGAAAUGUUUCUUAAUCGCAUAUUCAUAAAGAAAGACCAACGCAUGGCGACGAAAACGUAAUCAAAGUAUUGUAAUACACUUUAGAGAAACCUUAUUUACUGCUAACAUUCAAUGUAACAGUAUCAAAGCAUCAAAAUAAAUAAUGACAAGUGUCGCAUAAAACGCCAUCAACAUAUUUGUCUUGCCGGUACUCACGUUUUUUAUGCCAGUGCUUUACUUCUCUCACGAAGACCUUAGUGAGGUUGAUUUGACAAUCAAACGUUUCUUAACUGAGGGAAGCGAGACAUCGCCUACACCUUAACGCCUUGCUCUACGCAUCGCGUUCAGUUGGUGGCCGCGGGCUCAAGGAAAUGACAAACAUCGAUCCACAAAGAAACCAAGAACAAGUCAACUUUAAGAAUCAUCACAUCUAAAGAUCCGAAAUUGCAGGCCGUUGUGCCAUUCCAAGAAGGUAAGGAGGUAGAAAGCUGAAUAUCAAUGCUUAGAUGCUAAGAGAUGUGCUAUGGACAUGAAUAAGGAUGAACUUUAAGUGACCACCGAUGAUCCCAAACUUUCAUUUGAAACAAAAGAACGGAGAACUUACACUGCCUCAGACGUCACAGCGCAAAAAUGUUGCUGGCCAAAAGGAUCUUGGAUGAUGUAAGACAAAAGUGGAGAUCAAAGGAAGCGUCUGGCAGGCGAACAUUGUGUUUCCACUUAACCUGAGAGCAAGCUAUCUUAUUUGGGCGAGCGAAGCGAGGGGAAGAGGGGCCUUUCUCUCCCCUGCCUCCGGCCUUAGCAUCUCUUCUCGCGCGCCUCUCGCGCGUCUACUUUUUACAAUAUUCCCCAAUGGAGAGCUUGCUCGUAGGCUAGUCUCCACUCUGUGAUGAAACAGUUGAACUAUCAGUCUGAGAGUGCUUUAAUUGGAGCAACAAAUGGAAAUCCGCCCCACUCUACACGAUAUCCGCACUGAAAGAAAUAUAAUUUUAUCAGCAACCUCACUAGAACAAGGGUACGGGAGGAAAAGAUAAGCUACGCGACAGAGAAAAAAUGCAGAAAUUGUCAGGAGUUCAACGAAACAGUGAAACAUAUUCUAUCUGGUUGUCCAGAGCUAGCAGAAAAACCAUACCUUUACUGACAUAAGAGUUUUAAAUGAGUUACUCAUAGCCCAUCAAUUGAGUGAGAAGACACUUCCACUGAGACAGCAGGCUCGCAGUUUCUAUGGCAAUAAAGAUGCAGAAAUAACGUGGAAUUGUUCUAUAAAUAGCGACUAAAUCUCGCCCGGAGACAAGAAGAUGAAAGAGAUCUACAUACUGUAAUUGAGAUGGCGUGCCCGAGUUGGAGAAAUAGGACAGAUACGGAAGGGAGUAAAACCAUGAAGCACGCAACCGGGAGAAUCGAACUUAGGAAGAGACAUCCUGAUUUUAAGAUUAACCAAAAAAAAUGUUAUAAUGGAUGUUCUUGAAGGAUACAGCAAAGGGCUGAGAGAAGAUCAAGAUUGUUAGCGAGUUAAAAUAGUUAGAGAGUAAAAUGAGAGUAAAUACAGAACUUGUUGGAGAAAAAGUUCCAGAAAUGAAAGUUGCCCGCCUUCUUCUCUGGCUUUUUGCAAGGUUAACUAUUUACCUCAAGGCCAGAUAUUUCGUAUAUAUAUAUAUAUAUAUAUAUAUAUAUAUAUAUAGUAAGCCAGAUCAAAUCAGGAUCCACGAUGUUUUGUUUUAUUCAUUUUUUUAUGUCGGGUUGAUUAGAUUAGCAGUUCUAUGCUAAAAGUCACACCAGGGGCUGCUAAAGACACAGAGCUGUAUGCUGGGACACCAACGUGGAACACGAACGUGAUUGGCGAUCAGGUACAUGGCAACUACUUGAAACAUGACUUAUAAUUCUUUCUAUGAACUUUCUAUUUUGAAAUAAAGCUAAUAUUGUUAAAUAUUUAAAAUUUUCUUUAUAAUUUUUUCUUUUUGGUUAGCUCCAAUAAGUUAAGGAUAAGAAUUACUUCCUAAACAGUCAAAACAUUGGUUUCAAUUAAAGUAACCAAACAACUCUUGUAUUUAAUGUGUUACAAGAAUUAUAAUUGCAAAUAGUACAUGCAAAUGUUUAUUGAAGGAAACAUAUACCACUUUUUGAACCUUACAAAGAAAACAAUCUAUUUUUAAAAACUAUAGAAAAUAUACCAAACACACCUAUCGACUAGCUGCUAGCCCCUUAUGGAAAUUGUGAGAUUGUCUGGUUUUUGAUAUCAAUCCAUAUAUAAGAAUUUUGGGAGAACUUGAAAUUAAGAUUUUUUUUAGGUUUAAAAGUCAUGUUUUAGAAGGAAAUGCUAGGAGUUCACUUUAUCUGCGUAAUACCAUUAAAAAACAACCUUUACUUGUUUUUAAACAACCACCUUUCUAUCAUAAGUAAUACUUUAUGACUGAACCAUUCAGAAUGACGUGUCAACUGAAAAGAAAACAGUUACCUUGGGAGUGCCGACAGUGAAAACGCGUUCUGCUUGUGAUGUGAUGGAGCAAACAGGCGGUGGUUUUUAUCGUGAAGAGGAAUGCAAAAUCCCCAUGCUGGUAUCUUCGGCAUCAAAUCAGGUACAUUUCAAGGUUUUUCCAUCUUUAAAGGAUCCAGUAAGCCUAACCCUAUUCAAACCAUCCGCCAGUCACUUUUUUCUAUUUGGGACUACACGUUUUCUCUGAGAGUUAAGGUCAUGAAAGUUACUGAGCAUACAGUAUGCAAAAUAUGACUCCAAUUAACACGCUUUUGAUUACGUCAAAAACGUUUUAAAAAGCUAGAAAGCAUAAGGCCAAAACUAAUCCAAAUCAAUAGAAAGAUCCUCAAGUAAUACUGUACAACACACUGUACAAAACACGAACAUUUAAACAGAUCAAAAGAGCUGACGUUUGAGCCCUUCUAGCAUUUCCAUAGAAGGACAUCAAAAACUGAUUGCCAACAUGUGAAAUCUUCAUAUAUUAUCUCAAGCGAAUACAAUUUCGAAAAAAAUCAUGACGUUUAUAUCAGUGAAUAUCAUUACUCAAACUGUUUUGUUAACCCUAUUCAGACCGGGGGAGAACUCGCUAAAAAAAUGAGUAACCGUUUAAGCUACAUGUAUGACCACCAGAUCUUGGUGAUUUCUCCUUAAAAUUAUCUUUGGCUUUUUGCAAGGUUUACUAUUUACCUCAGGGCCAGAUAUUUCGUAUAUAUUGACCGGGGGAGAGCUCGCUAAAAAAAUGGGUCACUUCAAAACCAUUAAAGCUACAUGUAUGACCACCAAAUCUUGGUGAUUUCUCCUUAAAAUUAUCUGGGAAUAUUUUAAAGUCGUCGUGAUGACGUGUUCAUCAAUAUUUACCUUACCAUGAAAACAAGUUUUGACAGCCAUUUUUCUGCAAUAAGCUUUUUUCCUGCACAAAAGGAUUUAUUUCCAUUUUUACUUAUUGAAUAAUAGUAUUACACUUAAUUUAGUAAUAUCUUAUGAAAUAUAUAAUAACUAUUAAAUGCAAUACACGCUUUACUCUCUAUUCAGGUAUUUUUCCCUUGGAGGGGAAAAAUUGAUGCAAUUUGCAUUCUGUCAAAAAAUUCGACAAUAUGACGUCAUAAUGACAUCAAAUUCCGUCAAUAUGUCCAUCAAAGUUAGCUCUGAGAUGUUGGAAAAAAAGAGUACAUUAUUCUGUGCUAUUUUGGUCCGCGUAUCAUGAGCAGUUUUGAAGUUAUAGAAGGGUGGGAGGGGAGGCGGGGAAAGGGGGGGGGGGCUUAGACUUGCCACAAGUCGACCUCACGAGAGUUUCUAAGCAAGCGGAGCGAGCGACGAAGUUGCGGGAGGUUGAUUUGUCUCGCGUGAAUGGAACUAAGGUUUUUAUUUGCGCUUCGCGCCAAAAUAGGGAAUGGCUUGACUCGUAUUCGGGGUUUCUGGUUACAUUUGGGAGUCCUUGACUUCACUGAUUCCACUCCGACAAAAACAAUCUAACGUGCAGAUGUUUCUCCUACAUGGAAUGGGCAAAUUUGUUAACUUUGUGCGUAAGUUGCAUUGUCACAAACGAAGACGACCUCAGAAGGGCGGGAAAAAACAAAGCUUGUUUUCAUCUCAAGUCGAUACUUGGAAAGGAGAUCUUUAGUGAAGGUUUUUUAACGAAUAUUUUGUGCCGUAAAUGUGUCGACAAGAAUGAAACCCUUGUUCGGAAGCUUCACGAAGUGAGGGAAAGCUUCGAAUCGGCGAGGAAGGGCAUUGCAGAGGAGACAGGAGGGAUAAACCUCAAUAAGAUGCCGCGCGCGCUCUUCACAUAGUGAUAUCGGCGAGGAGACGAAUCCCAUUGCAAUCCCCGCCAUAUAGUCAAAAUAAGCGAUCGAAAGCGUAUCAGAAAGCGUAUGGAGGCAGCUCAACAGUUAGACUUUACCCAGCUUCAGUUAGAGCAGAGACAAAAACAUCUCUACCCGACGGAUACGUUUCGAUUACUUUCCUCUGAUAGUCACGCAUAUUCCUAAUAUCCCCUUGGCCUCGAGAGCAUCUUUUAUUAUAUAAUAUCGCUUUUGCAAUCGCCCCUAUGAUGGAAUUUCAACCGCAAUUCACGUUUCAGUGCGCUUUAAAUUACUUGUGAGUGACCACUUUAUCCCCCUCUCUGAUUGGUCUAAGCGCAGCGACUCGUUUUUGGCUCGCUAAAACUGGCGCACAUCAAGUAUGAAAAUCCUUCGUGCGCCAUAUUUAAUCAGACGAACGACUUUUUUGAAAGACUAGCGGGACUUCAAAGCUCCCUAGUCCGCCACAGAAAGCGAAGAAAAAUCCUCGUCUGAAUAGGGUUCAAAAAGGUGCUUAAUGAAUCGUGAGGCUUGCAAAUUAACUUAUAAUUAGUAUACAACGAUUUUGGGGUAACACAUUCACAGAGUGGUUCGAAUUCGUUUACCAUUCCGGAUCCGGAUCGAAUUAAGGAUUUAGAAAUGAUGGUUUUUGAGCAGAGGGGAAAACCGGAGUAUCCGGAGAAAAACCUUUUGGAACAAAGGUGAGAACCAACAACAAACUGAAUUCACGUAUGUCGUCGCCCCUGGAAUUCGACACUGGGCCAUAAUGAUGGGACACAAAUGCUCCUACCAAAGCCCCAUCUCGCUAAUACCGAACUAUCUCUCUGAACUUUAAGAGUAUGCCUUUUGGUUUUUCUAUGACCAGAUAAGAAAUGGUUGCAACUUGAAAGAGUUUGGUCCGACUUUUUCCUAAUGCAAUUCUUGUGUUGUCAAAAGCUUUAAUAAACUGAUUAUAUUCAUGCUGUUUUCCUUUCCAUUAAGAGAGUCGCUUGAUCUAUUGAUAAGAGGUCUUUAGGUAUGAGAAAUUGAACAAUGAGGGAUAAAAAAGUGGGUUUAAUUUUAGUUUAGGCAUAGACAAAAUUAAAAAGUAAAACUCGCGUUGACAUAGACUGUGGGGCACUCAGUUUGGUUUGUGAAUGUUUAAUUGAUGUUAUAUAUUAUCUAGGAAGUUGCGGAAACAAGCAACUUGCCAGGGAUAAAUGCUGAGCUUUGCAUCGUUGACAUGAUGCAACAAGAGGAAGCUGAUUUUGACAGUGAGGAUGAUUGCAAAAUACCCUUGAUCGUAUUUUCCCCACCAAAUGACGCCGAGGUAAAUAAUUUUUUUUUUUUAAGUUCAGGACGAAACAAUAGCAGCUUCCUUCCUCCUCAAAAAAUCUUUUUCUCUUUUCAGACAUCUCGGGUCAUCUGCAGGUCCGUAAAAUGUUCAACACACUUCCAAAGUUAGCGUUGAAUUAAUAAUUUUGGUUUAGCAAUGCAGCAUACAAAAUUAUUGAUAUUGUUUCGCUUAUAAAUAUCAUCACUGAAGUAAUUUACGCUAUAUUAUCUUUUGAUCUCCUGCCCGCUAGGAAGCCGUUUAGGAGGGCUUAAAUAGAGACGCAAAAUGGAAAAUCUCAAGUAUGUGAUUUGGAGGUCUCGAGGCGAAGGGCAAGCAAGCAAAUCAGAACUUUCAACACUUGAAUAAUACGUCAUACCGGAUCAGUCCUCAUGAAGUGCCUAUUCAGUUUAUCACUUAUUAAUUUUGAUAUGAGGAAUAAUAAGGGAGAAGAAGGAGAGACCUAAUAGGAAGGGGAGGGGGUAUUUAUUUUGUUCCCUUGUAUACUGGGGGGCUUAUAAGAGAGGGGAGCUUAAUAGAGGAUUUACGAUAUCUGCAAAUUUAUCACGUGAAUUAUUUAGGAUACAGAGCGAGUUGAAGACACACCAAAUAACUCCGAAGCAAGUGGGGGACCUUCGAGUAUUCAAGACGGUAAGAAAGAGCAAGGAGAAGAAUGUGAUUUUGACGAUGACGAUCAAUGCAAAAUCCCAAUGACAGUAUUUUGGUCGUCGAUCCAGGAAGAGAAUGCUGCACCAAAGACAGAUGAGAAAGAGUGUGAUAACGAUUGUGAGACAUUUCAUCCAUCUGACGCGAUGUCCUUUGCAUGGCAGAUAGCACGAGGAAUGGUGGGCUUAUUUAGAUUUUUUUGUGUGUCUCUGGGAAACCAUGACCGGUUACAGUGUAGCCGCCAGUAGAGGUUCUGAUUUUACAUCUGGUGUAAAGUUUUAAUUUAAAGAUGAAUUUAACGAGAAUAAGUACAUGUUGCAGAAAAUGAAUAGAUUUCGGCACCAGAUAAAAUUAGAUUUUAUUAUCCGUUUGUUUGUGCAAUGUUUACAUCAAUAUAAAAAUUGGUUAAUUUCCAUCUUCUUUUUCUUUCGUUUUCUUUUUUCCUUUUUAGAGCCAAUUCUUUAAAACCUUUACUUACUAAACUUAAUUACUAGCAAACUUAUAUGUUAAUUUCUUAUCUCAUUCACUUAACUGGCUUUACACUUUUCAGAGCUACCUCUCAGAGAAGGGCCUAGUUCACAGGGAUCUUGCUGCAAGAAACAUUCUUGUUGGGCACGGUAAAAAACUCAAGAUUGGAGACUUUGGUUUGAUGCGCGAAGUGUAUCAUGAGCUGUAUGAAGUUAAGAAGCAAAAGAAACUGCCUAUCAAGUGGAUGGCACCAGAGGCGAUUUAUGAACAGAUCUUCACCUCCAAAAGCGACGUGUAUGUGCUAUUUUUGACAUAUAAUACAGCCGACUGGGUAUAACACCGAUUGUACGUGUGCAAGAAACCUUAAAAUUCCGUUAAUUUGAGUGUGCGUCGCUGCUUGAGGCUUUUUAUGUGUAUAUGGUAUAAACAUAAUUUAGGCUUCUUAAGAAUUGUUUCCCCCGUAAUGGUUACUUUUCAAAAGAAAAUGUUUCAAAACAUUUCUCUCAUUAUAAAAUUUGUCAAGAUCAACCCGUUAUGGCUUCAUUCGAUUUCAUUCCCUCUAGACAAAAUUUAAACAAAAUAAAACUAUUGUCAUGUAGGCCAUGAUUUGUCCUAAACCAUAUACAGCAGCAAUACUCACUAGUCUUAGGAAGCGUUUUUCAUGCUCUAAGUUUUAUGCGCAGAAGGCAACAUUUUAGGCUUAUUUAUGUUCUUUUGUUUUAUCUUUUGUUUUUAUUUUUAUUUUAGGUGGUCAUAUGGAAUCGUUAUGUGGGAAAUUGCAACUUUAGGUAAAAUUCCAACUUCUACUUACUUUUUCGCCUGCGUAGCUUUUUCUUUAGAAAGGGAGGGAGGGGGUUGGGGACCGAGCGGUGCGUUUUUCCCCAUUCUCCUCGUGCUUUAUACCCUCCUUUACUCUCCCCAACUACUAGAACCUCUCAGUACCUUCAAGCUACUUAUGCUCCGUCUAGCUUAACAAGUGUAUAAUCAAACAAGAAAAUGGUCAGUACAGCGUUUUCACAUUGAACGUAAUUCAUCAAUUGUCCUGUAACCCAGGCCAGGAUGGUUGAGUUCAAUCGUGCAACGAUAAAAAAGCGUAUUGGGCCAAUAAGCUACAACCGCUGAAUAACUGGCGAGUUUUUUGAAGAAAUUCUACCUGAAAGGGGCUGGUAAGGAAACUGAACAGGUUCCUUCAUUAUUCAUAAACUUUCAGUUAAAUUUAGUGACUUUUCAAGAUGAAAGUUCUGUAACUUUUGUAAGCCUAAGAAGGUAAGCAUCGUAAUCGUCCAUUAAAGCGGCAGAAUAGUCUCUAUCAGUAUCUAAUAAUCAGUUUAGUCCUUGGAUCUCUGCUUAUUCAUUAAAAAAAAAAAAAAAUACUCCAGACUCGGAAUUAGUGUUAAAAGUACAAUCAUAAUCGAGAGACCCUUUUCAAUUUUAUUGCAGGAGGUUCACCCUAUCCACUGCUUAACAACGCUGAGGUCAUGAGUCUCCUCAGCACGGGGCACCUAUUGGAAAAACCUGACCUGUGCUCGGACAACUUGUAAGCCAUUAGAAUUCCCAGGCAUCAUAUUAUUAACUAGUAACAAAAAAUAUUAUUCAUUCAAAAUAUUUUUCCGUUUAUGACGAAAUAAUCUUCCCACCUGACCAAGAACCUAACAAAUUAGAUUUCAUCAGAAAAGGUCUUGUAACCCUCUUUCCCGCUUGUCCAAAUUAAAUGAAUUCACAGUUCGGGAAAAAGAAAAAUUGGCUAGAAACGGGUAUCGGGUUUGCUAAAUAGAACGGAUUGCCACCCAAUUGCGUAAAAACGGGCUUUAAACAAAAACCUAAAAAAAUAAAUAAACACUAUGGGUUUAGUAUCCAUCCCAUCCUUGUUCAUCUGAGGGUUAAAAAAUGUGUUUUUGUUAUCUGUUAGUUACGCUUUUAUGAUGGAGUGCUGGAAACAGAACCCGGAUGAACGACCAAGUUUUCAGGAGCUGGUUGGAAGGCUGGAACGAACCAUGACUGAGCAAGUAGAAUACCUUGAUCUGAAGCAGUUGGACGAGACUAAAGCCUACUAUCAAGUGCAAGAGUCCAAAACCGGUGAAAUAGGUGGCGACAGCGGCCUCGGCAUGCACAGAGCUGUUUCUUUGAUUUCAGUCGACGUUUAG